ACCUCAUACAGCCUCUGAUUAACACUCUGACAAUAAUUUCUAUGAGUUGCACACACAGAAAACACUUGAAAAGCACAUGUACACCUUGCUUGAUUUCAAUUGACACUGCCUUUUACAUGGAAAAGGAAGUUGGGCAUUUAGGUGUCUUACUCUCGGUGUUAAAGUGCUAACAGAGGAUUACUGAGGUAAAUGUUGAAAGAGGUUUAGCCACUGUGCUUAGGCAGUGCUCUUAAUUACAUUUCAGCAGAGUGUCCCGCAUGCAGUUGGACGAGAGAUCAUAGUGAUGUCAGUUAAGACCAGGAGCUGGCACUUGUUGGCCAAAGCAUUUGCAGCAGGACUGAAGACCUGAGAGUUCUGAGAGUUGUGGACUUUCUUGGUGCAGCUUCAGGUCUCAUGCUCAUUCUGGAAUGAAUGUAUUAAUAUUUUCAUCCUGACUGAGAGUUUGGACAGAUUCCCAUUUCUCUGGCAGACAUUCAGAGACUGAAAGGAGUGACAUUACAGAAAUAUUUUACACCUCAGUGAGUGAAGAUAAAGCACAGGAGGAGUGAACAGGAAAGAGGCAGUGUCAUGACCCCACGUGAACAGCUAAGGAAGAUAUCGGCGCUGGGAGAGCAAGGUGCCCUAGAUGAGAAACACUGGUACCGACUGGUCAAUGGAAUGUCUGCUGGGGCAGAGAUACGGCAAAGGCAGGAGCUCAUGAUGAGGAACCAGAUGGCCAUGGCUCCACAGAUCUUGGCUCAGGGGCAGCAGAGACUGCAGGGUGUGUCUGCACAGUUUGAUCCCCGCUUCAUGGAAAGGGACCUGGUGCCACCCACUGAAAUAGUAUCAGCUGAUGCUAGACAAAUUCACAUGGGUGCCCACUUCGGCCACCCUCUGCCCACAAACUCCAAUGUUAUUCCAGGCAGAGGAUUCCCUGGCACAGGUUACGGCUUCCUUCCAACUGAAUCCAUGGAGACGGUUGCUAGACGACAAGAGUUAAUUCACAAACAGAACAUAGCCAGGAUGGAGAUGAAUGCUAUCCUGCACCAAAAAGAACUGGAGAACUCCCACCAAAAGGGUCUUAUUGGGAUGGAGAAUCCAAUGAUGUACCAAGGCAUCCAACCCAAUCCAACAGCCUUCAGGGGACGCCAGCGGCUCCCAGAUGGUCAUGAUGUAUUCAUACAUCGCACGGCCCUUGAAGACCUGCAUGCUAACAGUCUCCUAAUGUCAAGCCCUUACCCACCAAUCAACACACUGCAAAGGGAGCGAGGACGCAGGACCGGCAGAAGGACCACCAAUCAUAAGAGCUCAGACAGCAACAUCACUCUCUCCAAAGGCCAAUCAGAAGAGAAGAACGUCGAGCAGAGUCCAGGAGCAGCCUCAGGAGAGGAGAAGGAAGUUGAAGGAAAAGGCGAAGUGAGCAAUGAGGUCACCACCAGCAAACCACACCAACCCAAAGUAGAAACAGAGCUGUCUUCUGGCAGCAGUAGGAAAAGUUUUAAGGAAGGAGAGCCAGGGAUUCAUAAGGCAUGUAUUAAUGGACAGGAGGGAUGUGCAGAAGUCACCAACUGCAAUGCUAGCACUAGUAACAAAGAGAUAUCCAGCCACUGCUCGGCUUUCCAAGACAAGUUUCUGUACCCGUCUGUUGCUGGCCCGCUCACAGGGAUGCCCUACAUGCUCCCCAUGCCAGGAAAUGGACUUGUACCACAUGGACAUCCUAAUAUGUUUCUUAAUGGAGAAGAAAUGUCUUCAUUAGAAGAUAUUCGCAAGUGGUCAGUUGAUGACGUCUACAACUUCAUCAGUGCAAUACCAAGCUGUGCUGAAUAUGCACAGACAUUCAAGGACCACAUGAUUGAUGGAGAGACGUUUCCUCUUCUGACAGAGGACCACCUCCUGGAUACACUUGGGCUAAAGCUCGGGCCUGCGCUCAAGAUACGAUCACAGUUGUCCCGACGGCUGGGUAACAUGUUCUACAACAUGAUGAACUUGCCUCUCCCCGUCUCCGGUCUGCAGCCUCCACCUGAGAAAAGCGGGGACAGAUCAUCAGACAUCAGCUCCCCACUCAACUGCAACAGCGUGGAGCUGCUCAGCAGCCCAAGAGACACAGAAGCUCUUAAAUCUAUGGAGCCUGUAAGUGAAGCUGAUAAUCCCUCACCGACCCAGAUGAGUGAGACCACCUGAAAAAGCAUGCAGAACUCAGUGGCGGCUGGUCAGUAGGGGGCGCUGGGGCAAUGCCCCCUUCAAGUUAGCCAGGGAAGAAGCCUACUUCAACAUGUUAAAAAUAAGUUAAAUAUAUAUAUUGCAAAAUAAUCACGAAAUUGCAUUAUUUAGUCAUACUAUUUGACUGGUAGUCAUGUUAGUAUCUAUUAAAAAUGUAAAAAAAUCUAAACUCUAUUUUGUUUGUUGUGUGUGUGCGGGGCUCCGACAAAUGGGUGUGACUUGAGGCUGAGAUCUAAUUGGAUUGUUUCAGAUUGUCCCCAGGGCACAGAGCACUGCACCCUAGACCCUCCCACUUUUGAUUUUAGCGAAUCAGUAUUGUUUUUUAUAUAUUUUGGCCUUGUGUGAUUGGAUAAUUUUUUCGAGAUGGAAGUAAAUUUGAUUUUAUAUUGGCUAGCUGGAUGAGCUGUAAGUCAUGCCUGUUAUUGUUAUUGCAAUUUUUUUUACUACAAGUCAAUUUAUUGAACAGUCUUUAAACUGACAUCUUAAAGGAUUUGAUAUCCUGUGGCUCCCUCGUGUGGACAACAUUAGUUUUAUGGCCUUUAUCUCUGAAUCACAAAUAUAAUAUGGCUGAUAUAUAUUUUUUUAAUGAUUACACGUUUAAUGAUUACUUUACAAACAAUACACCCACAUUAAACUCAAAUUUACUGAUUCGUGGGAUCCUUUUCCAUGCUUUAACAGUUGAAUUUUAAACUUCCAUUUGUAGCUAAGCAGUAUUGAUCACAUUAUUAUGUCACUUUUUAAAUGGUUAUUUAACAAUUGCAUUCAGUCCUGCUGCCUGCAUUAACACUGUGAUUCAGUUUGUUUGCACCCCCCAAAAUUUUUUUAGCACCAGCCGCCACUGGCAGAACUGUUGGACUUCUUUUUAACCUCAAAAUCCUUUUCUAUUUUGACACCAAUACAUUUUUGUAGUGAACUGACUGAUUCUAUGCUUUUAAAUAUUCAUCACAAAUAUAUUAUGAUCCGUGUUAGAAUGUGGUUUCUAACAGACUAGUAGACUGUCCAAUGUUGGAUUUUUUCUAUGUAUGUAUAUUUUGUAAUAAGUCAGUAAAUCAUUUACAAUUUUUUUUUGUCUUUAUCAUUACAUUCUUUUAUUAUUUUACAAUUGUAUUUUGGUUUUUACUUCAAACCUGAAUUAUUCUCUGUUGUCAUAUACUGUUUUCUAUGGAGAAAAAUAAAAAUAAUUAUUCC